UGUUUCGUAUGUACAAAGCGGCGCGCCGUAUGUGUUGACACUCAGAAGAAGUGUUUAUUUGCGAGAUACAUCGGGGAAUUGUUUUCAUUGCCUGAAACAUGUCUCUGGGCGGGUCGACUGUGCUGAAAAGCGCCACCAUGCUGGAACAGCUCUUGGAGGAGAUCAACUUUCAGAGGACCAAAGAGAUGCGACAACUAUUGAAAGAUGAGAGUGGGUUCGUGGUGCUGCAGGGGACGACGUACUGGACCGACCUGUUCGUGCGGCACUUCCUGUUCCAGGAGGAGCAGGCCAUCGACUGCGACGACCUGCUGUUCUUCGUGCGCAAGCGCCACGUCAAGGGCUCCUCGCGCUACCUGCCCAAGUACGAGACGGACGUGGACGUGUUCCGCAAGGACUCGAAGAAGCUGCCCAUCGGCGACCCCGAGGUGGACUGGGAGGAGACGGUGUACCUCAACCUCGUCGUGCACCAGUUCGAGUACACGCUCACGCUGGCCAUCUGCACGCGCACCAGCCCCAAGGAGCUGCAGGUGCUCAAGCGGCACUCGCAGAAGGUGUACGCGUCGCCGAGCCGCCGCAAGAUGGACACCAAGGGCGAGGGCGAGGAGAUGACCUACCCCCAUAUCUGCUUCAUGGUCGACAAUUUUGACGAGGUGUUCUGCGACAUCGUGGUGCGCGACGGCGAGAUGGUGUGCGUGGAGCUGGUGGCGCGCGGGCGCGGCGGCGCGGCGCAGGCCGUGAUCUUCCUCGGCUCCAUCCGAUACGACGCGCUCACCCGCGUCUACGACUCGAGGCAAACGUCCUUAUCCACGAAGGUGGCGCAGCGCAUGUCGUUCGGGCUGCUGGGCGGCAAGGCGGCGGCGCGCUGCGAGUUCGUGCGCAUGAAGGGCCCCAGCGGCAAGGGCCACGCCGAGAUGGCCGUGUCACGCCCGCACGCCGCCGGCCUCGACACGCCCUCCUCUGAGCCCGGCCUGUGCGCCACUGACAUGUGGGACAGCGACUGGGACGACGACCCCGAGGAGAUGUUCAUAUAUCGCCACCAGCGGCGGCUGAGCGACCCGAGCGCGAACAUCACGAACUUCGUGCGCGGCGGCUGGCGCACGCGCGCGCCCAAGGACAAGAGCCGCUCCGAGAACGAGGGGCUGGACGCGCUCGUGGACGGGCUGGCCGAGGUGGAGGCCGGCGACCUGCGCGACGGUACGUGCCCGACGCUACACGAGGCUAGCUGCCAUCAGUUGGGCUACAACGUUGUCAGUGACGGCUGUUAUUGUCAGUACAUGCCCGACACUACACUUCAACACGAGAGCACGAGGGGCCGAACGCGCUCGUGGCCGGGCCGGCCGAGGUGGAGGCCGGCGACUUGCGCGACGGUACGUGCCCGACACUACACGAGGCUACACGAGGCUAGCUGCCAUCAGCUGCUGGCUUAUGUGCAGGGCGAAACUUGGGCUACAAUGUUGUCAGCGACGGCUGUUAUUGUCGGUACGUGCCCAACACUAAACUCCCCAGCACGAGAGUACGAGGGGCUGGACGCUCUCGUGGCCGGCGACCUGCGGGACGGUACGUGCCCGACAUUACACGAGGCUAGCUGCCAUCAGCAGCUGGCGUAUGACAGGGCGAAACUUGGGCUACAAUGUUCAUUAAUCAGAACUAUAUUCAAGACUCGAUUUGGAUUAAUUAUAACCGACCAACAAACGUCCCUAUCCACGAAGGUGGCGCAGCGCAUGUCGUUCGGGCUGCUGGGCGGCAAGGCGGCGGCGCGCUGCGAGUUUGUGCGCAUGAAGGGCCCCAGCGGCAAGGGCCACGCCGAGAUGGCCGUGUCACGCCCACACGCCGCCGGGCUCGACACGCCCUCCUCUGAGCCCGGCCUGUGCGCCACCGACAUGUGGGACAGCGACUGGGACGACGACCCUGAGGAGAUGUUCAUAUAUCGCCACCAGCGGCGGCUGAGCGACCCGAGCGCGAACAUCACGAACUUCGUGCGCGGCGGCUGGCGCACGCGCGCGCCCAAGGACAAGAGCCGCUCCGAGAACGAGGGGCUGGACGCGCUCGUGGACGGGCUGGCCGAGGUGGAGGCCGGCGACCUGCGCGACGAGCUGGACGACGGCGCGUACAACCCGCUAUGGGCGAUGCGCGGGUUCACGCAGACGUUCCACCUGUGGAAGGAGGGCAAGCGACAGCAGUCCACGCCGCUUAAUGCCUUCCUCACCUACGUCACGCUGCCCUGGUGGAGCAUCGCCAAAGACAUCCUGGACCACCGCGAGGAGCCAAUUCUGACGUUCUAGUGCGCCGGCGCGCGCACCCUCGGUCGAAUACUAUCCGAUAAGUCAUUUUAUUUUUUCCAUAGUAGCCCGGCAGCAAAACAUAAUGAAAGUAUAAAUGUAUAACAAGCAUAUCAAUAGAAGAAAAUGUAAAUCUUGACAGCAGAUUCCUAUAUACGUAUAACGCCUAAUCAUUCCGCAAAAUGGAAAGACUGUUAUUUGCUGUCGGACUAUGUAUAUUUUUGGUUAUUACUGAACAUAAUUUACAUUUAUUUCUUAUUACAAUACAAUAUAAUCUACUAUUAUCGGCGAGGGGGUGCCCAUAAGAUGCCUUAAAAAGUACAAAACUCGGCAGGAAAUUAUGAAUUUGUUUGGAGCUAUCCAUAAAAUACGAUGAAAAAAUAUGUGUUCUUUUUGUGUAAGUAAAUUAUACAUUCCAUUUGAAUACUUUUGAGUAUCAUACAAGACCUAUUUUAUGGAUGCCUCCAGUGGAAUGAAACGUCUCACGGUACUCGAUUAAAUGUUUAAUAUUUGGCCGCAAAAGUUAAAAGAACCCACUCAACGUCAUAACGAUAUUAGAAAAAUCGUUUGCGGUCGCCUAAUAUUUUAAGAACGAAAUAACAUACAAUUAUGUGCCUGAAAUAAAUGUUAGAUUUUUCUUUAUUGCAAAAAAGAGAAUUAAGCAAGAUAUUUUCAUGAAAGAAACAACAAUAGAAAAGGUUUAUGGUGGAGAGUGUUGCUUUUCGGAAAGCUCUAUCAUUAGUUAGGCGAACAAAUAAUCGUGUGAUAUGUAUGUUACGUGUAACUGUCGCUAUUUAUAUUGUAUGUAUGUACUACUAUUAUUAUUUAUCGCACUAGUCAUUAUAUUUAAGCGUAAGUGGUAUUCAUUUGAAUAAUGUAUGGUUAUAUUCGGCGUCCAAAUUAUUUUAGUUUUAACCUGCGACAAGCGCAAAGGACUUGCGGAUCAAAAACGAACUUCCUACAUUUCCAUUAACAAGUAUCAUUUAAAAAUAAUGUUAUUGAUACAAUGUGUAUUCAAAGAAAAAGAAAAUUUGAUUGGAAUAAUGCGCACAAUGUUUGGAAUACUUUCAUUUGACGGUUCUAUAUAUUUUAUUUUAAUUAAGAAAAUGGUUUCUUUUUCAGUUAUUUGUUGUGCGUCCUAAUUUUCGUCUCGCUUCCGUUUUUGUGCUACAAAUAUAUCGAGUUCCUAAUUUUAGCUUUUUACUGAGAAACAGUAGUCCGAAGUUACAGGUCCGUAGCGGAAGACUUAACGGAAUUGCAAGAGUAAUGGAUGACAUUACAAUCACAGGGAGUACAUGUUCUUGACCAGUUUCAUAUGCCUCAAACAAAUUGGCGCGAUUAUAACGGACAGAACUAGUGCUAUUCAUUAGCAAAGGCUGUCCACGCAGCUCUGUGUAAAUCUUUUACCGGCAGAUGUUUACUAAAUAAUGUUACUGAUAGUUUUAAAUAAUCAGCCGUUUCUGAAAUGUCCGGUCAGUCUACACAGGGACUACAGGGACAUAAUUGUCGAAGGAAUGUAAGAGGAAAGUAAACUAAAUUUUGUUUUUAGAAUUCGCGUCACUUUGUUUGAUAGCUUCGUUACUUAAGAAAGUAUUUAUUUUUUUAAUAAAGAGAUCAGUCGGUACGAUAACUAGUCGUGUUUUAGGGGCUAAUAACAGGCAGCAUCGCAAACGUGACGGAUUUGAUAAGUAGGGCGCGCGCGAUAACCUGUGAGCCCCACACAUUCCAGAACUCGAAUGGCCGAAUAAAUGCGUUAUUUUUGUAUAACUGCCUUCGGGCCUUGACGUGCAUGGUUCGAUGCCCGGUUGGUGUACGAUUAUUUCAUAGGGCGUUGAAGUCGAAAUUGUAAUCGAUAAGUUAUUUUAACCACAAAGAUAUGUAAUCAUUCUAGUCGGAAAUAGUCAUAAAAUUAUGAUUUGAUAUUAGUAUAAUUUGACUGAAUAUAAAUUAUAAUUGCAA